AUGAACGCGGGCGGAGCAGCAGACGGCAAUGCGCCGGCAGGGACCGAGUACACGCUGCAGGGAGUUAUGCGCUUCCUCCAACUCGAAUGGCACAACCACGAGCGCGCCCGCAACGCCUGGGACAUUGAGCGCGCCGAGAUGAAGGCCAAGAUCGCGAAGCAGGAGGGCGAGGUGCGCAGCGCGAAGAAGCUCAACGACCAGCUGAACAAGCACAUCCGCAUGCUGGAGCAGGCCCUGAUCAACGAGCGGGCCAAGCACAAGGCCGGCGGGGAGGCCAAGCCGGCGGGCGACGACAAGAAGGACCCCAAGGGCAAGAAGAGCGGCCUCAACCCGCCCAAGCCCCAGAACAAGCACCACAACUCGUUCCUCGACGUCGACGCCGACUUCCUCGACCGCUUCGAGGCCGACCGCGAGGGCCUGCGCGAGAAGUCGAAGCUCUACCUCACCAAGUGCGUCGAAGAGAUCACCUACCUCCUGACCCCGCCCUCGCAGCCCCCGCCGCAGCAGCCAGGCCUCCACGGGCUCGGCAACGGCGCGGGCUUCCUGAACCACGGCGAUGCGUCCAUGGAGGACAUGUACCUGCAGCAGCACCGCCAGAAGCUGCAGUCGCACCUGCCCACCAUGCCAAACACAGCCAUGUCCAACCACCAGCCGCCAAACAUGCCAACCUCUGCCGAGCUCCAGAACAUGGCCCACCAGUCCCAGCUCCACCACGCGCCGCAGAUGACCCGAGAGCCGGCUGGCCAACAGCCCCUGCCCCAACACACUGGCCUCUCAGACUUCUUCGGACAGCAGUCCAAGCCCCAAACACAACCACAUUUUGCAAACGUCCCUGAGGAGCAGGUGGAGAAGGUGACGCACAGUUACGAUAACAAUGGACGCCAAUUACCGACGCGAGAAGAGGGCAACAUGGGCCCGAACCAAGACGCGGUAGAUGACUCGGAGAGCUGGAACUUCGAGGAGCCCAUCACCGAGAUACCCCAGGAAGCACCUCCUCGACGACCAGACACUGAAAUGUUCCCAAGCGCCAACAGCAUACCCCCCAAGUCGCCACCGCGAAAUAGCAAGGUCCGCAAACUCAGCGGAGACGUCCACCACAGGAAAUUGAGUGGCGACCAGCAGGCCAAGAGCGCCUUGGCCCAGUCCAUGAAGUCGGAUCCCCAGAGCUUCAAGGUUCGGUUUGCACUUCGUGGCCACCUUGAUGUUGUGCGCUCCGUCAUAUUUACCGGAGGUGGCAGUCCAACUGAGCCGGAGAUAUGCACAGCAGGCGACGAUGGAAUGAUCAAGAGAUGGGUGAUACCCGCAACCUACGCCAACCAGCACGCUAUGAACAACGACCUGGACAUUGCGCCAUACUGGUCGCACAGGGGACACGAAGGGGCUGUGACAUCGCUGGCAGCAUCCCCGGCUUCUGCCCACUUCUCAACAGGCGGUCGGGUGUCUGGCGACGGAUGGAUAUUCUCGGGUGGUCAGGACGCCACGAUUCGUGUAUGGGAGAGGGGACGUGUGGAUCCUAAGGCUACUCUUGACGGCCACACCGAUGCUGUCUGGACCGUUUGCGUGCUACCCGCGACCUCUGGAUCUGUGUUCGGAACAGAUUGUAGCAACUACGGCGGCCCCGACCGGAUACUACUCGCCUCAGGCUCUGCGGACGGUACUAUCAAAAUAUGGGCCGUCAGUGCACCACCACAACUAGUGUCAACUCAGACAAACUCACGACGCGGGGUUGGAGGCAGUCGAAGACAUUCAGUAACUUCAGGGUCAAACUUCCCGUCAUCACCCCAGCCUAGUAUCGCUACUUCCACACCCUUCCACUACAUGCUGGUACACACCAUUGAACGAGCGACGCACUCUUCGCCUACGUGCAUUAGCCCAUUCUCACUGAACGGAGGCAACUUUGUUGUUUCCUUCGCAGACGCGUCGAUUCUUGUCUACGACACGCGAACUGGGGAGGAACUCAUUGGCAUGGCAAGCAGCGAGACCUAUGACGGCACCCCAUCUACCGGCAUCACAUCUGUCGUAACCACCUCCCAACCCCUCGAGGGCACAGCAGCAGAAGGACGGGGCGCCUCGGACGAGGAGGGAAUUCACGGACCAACAGGUUCCAACAGCGGCGGUGGCCUCGAGGGCGUUGUCAUCAGCGGGCACGAAGACCAGUUCAUCCGGUUCUUCGACGCUAACUCUGGCCAAUGCACAUACAGCAUGCUUGCCCACCCCUCAGCCAUCUCGUCCCUCUCCCUCAGCAAAGACGGCCGCGAAGCCGUGUCUGCCGGCCACGACGCCUCAAUCCGCUUCUGGUCCCUCGAUAAGCGCAUCUGCACGCAGGAAAUUACCGCGCAUCGCAUUAUGCGUGGCGAGGGCGUCUGCAGCGUUGUUUGGAGCCAGGACGGUCGGCUUGUCGUCUCUGCAGGCGGCGAUGGGAUCGUCAAAGUCUUUGCUAGAUAG